GACCGGGCGUCCCGCCUCUUGUCGUCCAGUCCUAGAGGUGCUGUUUGGAGUUAGCUACGGGGACCUCAGGUUCAAUCGGUAACCCGGGCGCAGCGGAGCUUCUGUGGCAGCGACGGUCGCGCGAGUGAGCAGCGCAGGGCCCUGCGGCGCGGUGGAGGGCGCUGUCCGCGUCCCCGCGCCGCGACUCUGCGAGGGACGGAGCGCCCCGGGCCGAGGCACCAGGGGCCUGCGAAGUGCAAGGCCCUUGGGGUUGGGGUCUGACGCUUGGGCUCUGCCUGGGCCGCGCGGACCCUGAAGUGGGUGAGGCGGCCCCGGGAGCAUGAGCGGGCAGCGCGUGGACGUCAAGGUGGUUAUGCUGGGCAAGGAAUACGUGGGCAAGACGAGCCUGGUGGAACGAUACGUGCACGACCGCUUCUUGGUGGGGCCCUAUCAGAACACCAUCGGCGCUGCUUUCGUGGCCAAGGUGAUGUGCGUUGGAGAUCGGACGGUGACUCUGGGUAUUUGGGACACAGCAGGUUCCGAACGCUAUGAAGCCAUGAGCAGAAUCUAUUACCGGGGUGCUAAAGCUGCAAUUGUCUGUUAUGACCUCACUGACAGCAGCAGCUUUGAGAGAGCCAAGUUCUGGGUUAAGGAGCUGCGCAGUUUAGAAGAGGGCUGUCAAAUCUACCUGUGUGGAACUAAGAGUGACCUGCUGGAGGAAGACAGGCGGCGCCGUCGUGUAGACUUCCAUGAUGUUCAAGACUAUGCUGAGAAUAUCAAAGCCCAGCUCUUUGAAACAUCCAGCAAGACAGGCCAAAGUGUGGACGAGCUCUUCCAGAAAGUGGCAGAGGAUUACGUCAGUGUGGCUGCUUUCCAGGUGAUGACAGAGGACAAAGGUGUGGAUUUGAGCCAGAAGGCAAACCCUUACUUCUACAGCUGUUGUCAUCACUGAGUCACGGCUCGUCUGGCCCAGUCGAAUAGAUGCGUUCCCAGAGGGGCUCUUGUCUGGGCUGAAGUGGUUAAGCGUCUGAGCUAUUCCAGGUGCCUGUCACAGCAGAGGUGGCACCUGUGUGUGCUGGCCCAUGGAACAGAGGCAGUAUUGGGCUGACUGUGGGCAUAAGGAGGGAUAAGGGCUGAUUUGAAACCCAGGCUUCUGUCCUGGCCAGAACUUCUGUCCAGACUAUUUAAGUAGCUUCUGAACUGUAAAUAAAAUUGAUGCAUUUC